GGAAAGCGAUCACUAUACCCCUUGUGCUCCUUUCUCAAAGCAUGCCUCCGGAAGAUUGGGCUCGCAGGAGGAAAUCCGGAACCUGCAUCGUGUCUAAUCUACCUCAGUUGCAGAUAGAUCCCCAAGCUUAUCUUUGCUCGCAUGUGACCCCCAAUCGGCGUGUUUUCGAUAUCAGUUUCAUUGCCAUGCCUUGCCCGAUGAUGAGAGCGUCGUGAUAGAUUGCUGCAGUCCAGGGGGGUGGAGCUAGCGAUAAGCACUGCGUCCUUGUUUCUGGGCCUUCUCAGCCUGAGAAUCCGGGAGAAUCGCGUUGGAAGGGAAAAAUUACACUAUGAUCGGUUCCGUUGAUGAAAGAUAGCAAGGAGGUGAAGACGUAAGUAUGAUUGUUGCGAGUAGAGGUAGGUAGAGAACGGAGGGGUAAGAAAGUAUGUUCGAGACCUCACGGUUUGUUUCUUUUUGGGGAUCAGUUUGAGUCUUCGGGAGAAUUUGUGUGGUUUCGUAGUCAUAUCUGGAUCCUGCGAGAGAAGUGGGAGAUUAGAGGACCAGGAGUUACAUGUUGCGGCGGGUUCUUACGUGUUGAGAAUUUGUUAAGCGGCUGCGGCCUGGUUGUUUAGAAAAAAAAGGCCGAGUUUCCGGCUAUGGUGGCGGUGACGGUGGAUUCCAUGCUGGGUUUGCACUUUACUAACUGGUUUCCUCCUUUCAGAGUUCAUUGCUCAGCCGAUUCAGGAGCAUAGGUUUACGAUUUGUUGAGGAGGUUGUUGCAACGACGGUUAUGCUUUAAAGGCUUGCUAGUGGAAGUAGUUCUAUUGAAGUUUCAAGGUAGAACAGAAGAAAUUAAUUGUUGUAUGGGAGACUGAAUUGAGCGUCUGCCAAACGAUAGGACCAACGUAGGAAGGGGUCAAGCUAUUGGAAAAGCUGAAGCUAGCAUUUUCAAUGCGACAUCUACAGUUGCUCUGGCUAGAUUCUGGAAUUUAAAUGGUUCUUUCGCCGCUUCAAAUCGAGCAAACAGGCAAGUGCACGAUUGCCGCAUAUAAUACCUGGUUACCGACGUUCUGGCGAAGUUUCUUGUCCCCUUCUUUCCUCUUUCUUCUGUCCCAUGCCAAACUCUCAAUGCCUUCUCAAAUGACACCGUCGCUCACAACUCUAUCUGCGCACCAACGAGGUGGCAGCAACAUGAGUCCCCGGGCGUCGCCAGGAUUCCCCCAAACUCUUGCGUCGCCGGAUACACGUAUGCCUUUUAUCUCACAGGGCUUUGCGGCAUCUUCAUCAAUUCCAGGAGCUCUAGCUUGCGGUAGCCAGCCAGGGGGAGAAGCCAAUCAACAUCAACAGCUAAGGUUCUCUUCUACGGGAGCAUCAGGAUCAUCGUCCUCCUCAUGGCAAACACAGUCCCCAUAUGGUCAAUAUCAAGGCACCACCCCGAGCAUGAGCACACAGAUGUCACGCAUUCAUCACGAAUCGGGACACGGGAACUUGGCAGGGGGCGAGCAAACGGCGUCCUCGUCGUCGUUCCAGAUGCCUUACAACAUCUCCACAUCGUUCUCACAGCAGUGGCGGAGCACUAGUGGACAGUGGGAUUGCACAGGCUCCCCGCAGUCGGGUGAGCAUUGGCCAGUAGGUGGGAUGACGACCGGGGUGUUGAGCGGACCAGGCGGGGGGAGCAGACCAGCGCAUGCGCAUCUUAGUGUUCUUGUGCCGCCGAACAGAAGCGGGAUCAGUCUGGAUUCUCCACGGGGUGGGAUGCAUCCGCCGGGGGCUGGAGAUAGUGGAGGAUUUUCCAUGGAGUCUGGACCGCAAAUGCCAUUCCCUAAGCUGGGGUCUGGGAGAGAGGCUAGAUCCGCGACUCAGUUGAGGCAGUAUCCAUCUGAAGCAGGGCUUUUGAUUACUCCUAAGACAGAUGGAGCAGGUGCUAUUCUUUGCGAUCCGUUACAGGCUUUAUUGGAUGGCUCUUCGGAGCAGCGUUUACCCCACAGCGGUGAGUGCACCUCCUCGCCGACAGGAGAGGCAUCAUCAAACCUCCCUGAAUGGGAAAAGAAUUGGAUGGAAAACUUUCCAGACUCGUACAAUGAGGGCAGAUCCCUAGAUCCUAACAAUGCACGAGGAUUUCAGCAGCCAGAAAAGUUCUACUUAGUGGCGCCUCCUCAACCCAUUGCCAUGAGAGACCCGGGUACCGAGCAGCAACAGCCAGGGACUGCUUCAGGGAGCAGUCCGGUACCUCCAGCAGCUUUUUCAUCAGCUGCAGAGCACGUCAAAACACGCCUUCGAUGGACUCCAGAACUUCACGAGAAAUUUGUGGACGCUGUUGCGCAGUUGGGCGGCCCUGAACGCGCAACACCAAAAGCAGUACUGCGGGUAAUGGGAGUUGAAGGGAUCACUAUCUACCAUGUCAAGAGUCAUUUGCAGAAGUAUAGGCUUAUUCCCGAAGUUUCUUCCGAAGAUUCUAGGAAUGAUCGAAGACGGAAUGACAGUUCUCUGAGCCCGAUGGAUAUACAUUCGAGCCUUCAAAUGACACAAGCCUUGCAGAUGCAAAUGGAGGUGCAGAAGCGGCUUCAUGAGCAAUUGGAGAUCCAACGAGAACUUCAAUUGCGAAUCGAGGCUCAGGGACAAAGUUUGAAGAUGAUGCUUGAAGCUCAGGCAAAAGCUAGUGGAGUUUUCGGUGUUCGCAGUGACCGUGCCGGCAAGGAGCUCAUCCCUCCCGCGACUGACGCGAUUGCUGACCGAGAUUUUCCAACGCAAUCCUCUCCAGCACCUGAGAGUGCUGCAGCUGGCGCACGCACGAGCUCUCCUGGUUACGAGCAGUCCACAAAACGAGCUCGGGUGGAGGUCCCCAACUUGGUUAUCGUUCCGCAAGAGCCUUACAGGUCAGAAGCGUACAGACAUCAAGGCAAUAACAAGAUGGGGCUUCUUCAUGAUCGCUCCUCUUCCGCUUGGAAUUCCUCAAGCUCGUUGCAGGGAAGCUUACCGUCCCGGUUGGGUAGAUCCAGCUCCACUGAUCAGGUUGAAGGUGCAUUGGCCAUGUCCGCCGUGAGUGAUGGAGGUGGUGGAACGCCACAACGGCACACUGCCUCCCAAGGUUGCAUGCCACAGCAACCCGGGAACAUGACGUCGAAAUCGUUGCAAGCCUCUGUGUGAUCUGUACAUUGGUGUCCACACAACCUUGAAAUUGUUCUCUGAAAAAAAAAGUCCUUGAGUUGGAUUGUUGGUAGUCGCAAAGGUUUAACUCUUGCCUAUUUGAUCUGUCGAACGACUUUACGCUGAACGAAGUGGGCACGUUUCUUCUCGGUGGGCAAGCUCCACGACUGCCUUGAUCUUUAGUGGCAAGUUCUCAAGGCAGCGUAUGACGUUGGGCAAUUGAUCUUCUGUUUAGAUAUCCAGAACAAGAAACAGUGAAGUCGCCGAUUUGUUGGUUAAAUCCCUGCUGCAGGGUGUUUAUACAUUUGUUUUCGGUCACAUGCUCAGGUAUCGAGAUCUCCCAGCACUUGGUUUGAUCAGGUGGUUUACGCAGCCGUAGGUUUUAUCCGAGGACAAAAAAAAUACAUGGUUGAGAAGUAGAUGAAGUUAAGGCAAAGUGGUUCCUUAGGAGCACGCUGCGCAGGGUUAUCAACGUGGAACGUUCAAACCCGUUCUAUCUCCACUAUACCAAGCGGAAAGUGAGGUUGCGUGGUCGCUUGCCAGAAUUAGUGGUCUCCUCUCCAGCACCUGUGCAAUCCAGCCCUGCGGAAGACUCCAUGUUUGUAUUGGACAGGCCAUUCACACGCCGCCUCUGACCUUUAUUCGGCGCCCCAAGUCCGCUCCAUGAUUUCCCUACUGGAGUCACAGAUGGCCGCAGCACAGCCCAUAUGAAGUUAUAAUGGGGAUUGUAGCGCAUUCCACAUGAUCUAGUAGUGACAUCAUUCUUCAACGACACCGAUGUGUUUUGAGGGUCUGGUCUGUGUUGUGUAAGUAGAGCUACUACAUCCCUCACAACUGCAGCAUUGUUGUGAGCGAUUGUGGAAUUGGUUGAGAUGAGGACCGUUGUUGGCGCUCAAUAUGAAGGAAACUGUUUUCAAAGUCCCUCGCGGGAUAGAAAUCUGUUGUUUAUUAAAAGUUCCCAAAUUUAAGUGUGAA